UUAUCGAUAGGCGAUAGAAGAUAUUUUGUGUCGCUGCAAAUAUUGCAUUAUUUUUCUGUGAAAAUAAGAAAAAUUUCAUUGAAGCAGAAAUUAAUGGCACAUAAGCGCUUAUUCAUCUACGCUGUAUUAUUAGCGAUAUGUUAUUUAGUUGGCGUGACAUGGGCUGAGACAGCAACGCAAACACUGCCCAGUAGCAGUAGUAACAACAGCAACAGCGCUAACAAUAAUGUCAGUCCACCAAAUUCGCCUGCCAAAUCGCCAGCGGUUUCGCCAGCACCAACAAUUGCAACGCUGAAAACUAUAAGCAGCACAGUAACGAGCACCAAUACAAGCAGCAGUUCACAUGAAUGUACCUGUGCCGGAGCUCUAGUGCCACAAUUGGAUGCCAAUGGCAAGGAGCUUCCCACGUGCGAGAAAUGUAAAUGCUCAUCUGUCGGACGCAAUUCCACACUAAUAAAGGUGGUCGUCAUCAUUGUGAUUUGGAUAAUAUCCAUAUUAGUGAUAUAUAUGCUCUUCCUUAUGUGCUUGGAUCCGCUGUUAAAUAAACGCGUCAAGGCGAACAACUAUCAGGAGCACACCAAUGAAGAUGACGAACCAGCACCGCCUCUGCCAGCUAGCGCCAACAAUCAAGAGCUGAGUGCUCGAGCCAAUGUUCUCAAUCGCGUUGGCCAUCAGCAGGACAAAUGGAAACGCCAAGUGCGUGAGCAAAGGCGUCAUAUCUACGAUCGGCAUACCAUGUUAAAUUGAUUGCCCAACAGAAGCCGUAGGCGUUGGCGACUUAAAGACACAUGUUGUAUUCCUGCAGCAAUUAUUAACAAUUAUUGUUUGAAUUUGUCUCUCAUUGGAUCAAAAUUAAUUUAAAUAUUAUUUAGCAACAUUUUAUAUAGUUUAAAUAAAAUAACAUA